AAAAUAUCCGCCCCACCAAGGCUCAAGCACGCCUCCGCCUCGCGCCUCCCAUCCCACCUCCCGCAGCACCCUACCACAGUACCACCCAAUGCCCUCGGCAAACAUCUGGAUCGCCGCCUCCGACGGCGACAUAGUGAGCGUAGGUCAAUUCAUCGCGGCGGACCCCACGAUCGUUAACCGCAAAGACGAGAACGGCUACACGCCCCUCCACGCCGCCGCGUCCUACAACCACGUAUCCCUCCUGCGGUCACUGGUGCGCAGCCACGGCGGGAACGUGAACCUUUCUGACGACGACGGGGACACGCCGCUGUUCGUCGCCGAGACUGUCGAGACCGCGCGGUGCCUCGUCGAAGAGCUCGGCGCUGAUGUCGCGCAUAGGAAUCAUGCGGGUUUGACUGCGGCGGAAUCGAUAGAAGACGAUGGCCAGCUGCCGCUGGUGGCAGCGUACCUGCGGGAGAAGAUGCCUGCCACCGCCGCGGAUGGAGAGAAUGGCGUCCUGUCGUCAACGCCGACGCCACCGCCGCCGGAGAAUGUACAGGUCAGCUAUACUACGAUGGAUCUGGCCGAGGAUUUAAGUCUUCCGGUGGACGACGAGCUGCGGCGGAGGAUCGACGAGUUGGCGCAGCGCGGCGACUUUGAGAGCGAGGAGACACAGCGCGAGCUGAGGGAGCUAAUAACAGGAGUCAUGAGGGAUCAUGUAACGGAGCUCGAUGCGCAGCGGAAUGUCAGGCCACGGCAGGAUGAGCAAUAAUGGUCGUUUCUUCGAAUCGGAGGGGUUACAUAAUACCAGAAAU